AUGUCCGCUCUGCUUGAGAUCGUUUACGAGACAAUCAUGCAGAACUGGAAGAAACUGACCAGACGGUGCAUCCAAAGGGAUACUCUCCUGCGCCACAUGUCAUCUCACGCGAAGCCACCAGCGACACGGAACAGCACCUCCUCUUCCUCGUCUUCAAAAAGACCUCAUGAGGAGCAGCACUUUAGACCGGGCGAUUGCGGACCCAUUUCUCUCGCCGCCACCAGCCAACCCACCAAGACCACGACACCCGUACCCCAGCGAAGCGACCUGGACCCGAUGGAUUUGUUUCCGUUCGCUGACGACAAGUCAGACGACAUCGACGUGCCCCCGGAGCUGUCUUCUGAGCGCGAUCCAACUGUGUUCGAGACACCGAGCGUGAUCCCGUCGAGCAGCGGUCGAAUCAUCGAGAUUGACGACCUCGACCCCUUGGAGGUCGCACGGCUCUUUGGCAGCGGCGGCAACGGCAGCUCUCUGGCAUUCCAGACCAGUGACCUGAUGCAGAACAGUGUCUCGCCGGCUCUUGACCGGUAUCAGUCUCACGGAUCAGAUUCGCAGCCUGAAUCCUUCGAGUUGCCCCCGGAGCUGUUCAACAGCACCGUUGACGUUCAUGCCAGGACAUGGCUCCGGGAUUUUUGUGCCGGGGAUUGA